CUCACUCUCUAAGAUUAAAUGCCUAGAUAUUGUGAUCUAUUUCGUGCAUGACGGCCAGUUAGAGCUCGUUAUGAGAUUCGUAUCCACAGUAAAGAUUUGUCGGCCGUCCCUUGUGCAAAUCAUGCUACACUUGGCAUCGUCGAAGCUUUUGUAGCCGCAUGUCAAUAAUGUUCACAGACUUGAGAAUGAUAUACUUGAAUGUUCAAAUAGAGUUGAACUAGUAGGUACCAGUGUGUGUGACUACAAAUAGACUCUGCCAUUCUGCCGAAAGGCGGUAGACAUCCCGCAUUUCGUUUGGAGAACUUUCAGUACCUACCUAGAUGGCCAACCUUAAAUCUUGCUACACCAAAUUCUAACACUCACUCCAAUCAUGGCAGAAGAACCUUCUCAGCCCACAUCUCUGAUUCGAGAUUUCAAAUUUGAUCGUCUACUGAAUCAAGGUAUUCCUCAACAUCCAGUCUGCUUCCUUUACGCAUCCCACCUCUAACUAGCCUCCCCAUAAAGAUCAAGCAGGCCGCCGUUCUGUUCUCUGCGGUCACAUCAAUUCCAAGCCAUGUGUUUUAAUCCUCGAACGCGCUCCAUUUCCCACUUCCUCAACUUAUCUGUCAUCCCUUCCAUCCACUCUCGAAUCCCUUGAGAAUCUCGGCGCAAACGAUAUUUACUUUUGGUAUUUGGCCAAUAAUGGCCCUUCACAAACCACCGAACCUACAGAUCUCAAGAUCAAUCUCAUAUAUCCAUGCACGGAACAGCACAUUAAGAAAUAUAGCGAGCAGGGAGUUCGUAUGGUCACCGAAACACCAAAAAUUUACAGCGAGAAGAUACGCCCAUACAUGCAAGCGAAACGAGAUGGAGGUAGAUUAAAUUGGAUAUACAACAUAAUAGACGGAAAGACCGAAGUGGAAGAUGUUAUAUAUAGAACUCCGAAAGGUCGAGAUGGGGAUGAGGGGUUCCUUUUAUUACCAGAUCUCAAUUGGGAUCGAAAAACGAUGGAAGGCCUUCAUUUGCUAGGACUGGUAGAGAGGAGAGAUAUAUGGAGCUUGCGAGAUUUGAAGAAGAAACACAUAAAAUGGUUGAGACAUAUGAGACAAAAGUUUGUGGAGGCUACGGUGAAAUCAUACGAAGGAUUGGAGGAGGAUCAGUUGAAGUUGUAUGUUCAUUAUCAACCGACCUACUAUCAUUUCCAUGUGCAUAUUGUACAUGUUGCACUGGAGGCUGGUGCAACACAAGCGACUGGAAAAGCGAUCGGAUUGGAGAGUGUAAUCGAGCAAUUGGAGACGAUGGAGGGCAACGAAGAAACGGGGAUGGAUAAAGUGUCCUUGAAAUACACUGUUGGAGAAGCGACUGAGUUAUGGACGGAUAUAUUCAAGCCUAUCAAGACUGGUUGUACAGUUUCUCCACGGCAAGAAUAAGAUCGUUUACUUCCGACCCUCCAGGGCAAUCCGUCCACUUUCUUCCGUCACGUACACAAAAUAUUUCUUCGUUGAGUCUG